UCAUUCCUUAUGUACAUGUAUAUUAUUAUCAGCCUGAAGAUACUCCACCAAGAAGGGGAAGGGGAAGGGGCCGCAGAGGACGGGGCAGAACAUCUGCAGGCAACAGAGGAGGAAGAGCAAGAGACAGGGGAACGGGAAGUCGAGGUGUAAGAACUAGAGGAGCUCGGGGGAGAGUCAGACGACGUGGCAGGGGAGCCGCUCUUCAACCUGCUGGGCAAGGCCAACAAGUGGUUGAUUUACCGGAUCAACGACGACAAAGGUUGAGGGUAUGCAAACUUUAUAAAUUGUGUAAAAUAUUAUACAAAGGUUUUCACAAAAUUUGAAUUGGAUCUAUACUCCGCCAAUGUAGGCAUACAUUUAUUCAUUAGUAUCGUACAAAAAAGUGAAAGACAAAGAUGUAGCUCCGAGGGCUACAUAAGUAAGAAAACCUCACUUGUUAUUUUUCAGAAAGCAAAUGAAGCCAUAUCUUUGCUAUUCAGCAAUAAACCCAUUACAAAUUACUCACAAAUCUGACUAUAAACCACUAUCGAAUGAAACAUUUAGUAUCUUACAAGACUAUUUUUCUGGUCUGUUUUUAAAAAAAAUCUCUCUUUUUCUGUCGGUAAUUGGCAAGGAUGACAUUGGACGCCUUAACCUGGAAGAGGCACGGGACCUCCUGUUCCAGGCAGCAGAACGCAAUCCAGGAAUGCUGCUGGACAUCUUGAUGGUGCAUCCACCCCCGCCGCCUGUACCUGACCAGCCACUGGAGUGGUGCACCUGCACUCACUGCAGGCAAAUGCCAACUGAUGAGGAAUGCGUCUGCUGUGGCAUGUCUGCUGAAAAUUGCAUCGCUAGGCACCCUGUAAGCACUGCUCAUACCCAUUAUACUAUGAUGGGCCAAAUAUUGGACCCGAUGUCAAUUGCGCUGCAAAGGGCCCUUUGGAGGGAAGUGCUAAAUCCGGAGCAGCCAGCCAACCAGCAGCCAGGGAGGGAAAACAGAAGUAGCCGGCACACUGCAUACCGGUGCUACAUCCUGUGGCAAUAUAACCGCCUAGGGGCCGGUGUGAGGCGUGUCAUUCCCAGCUGCGUGGUGCUUCGCAUCAGAGCGGCGUACCCAGACCCCCACGGCCAGUACACUGGAUUUAGAAGGAAUCGUCUAGCCUGAAUUUAGUCAAGACACACAGAUGGGCAAAAUUUGUCCCUAAGGCCAAAAAAAAAAUUUCCGGUUUCUGGUAUGGAGCUUGCCCAAAAAGUGGUGCAGCGACGCGGCUUUUCUUUUUUUUUACCUGU